AUGUCUACCAACCAGCAUUCCGACGUCCCGUCCAGUUCCCAGACAGGAGAUAUCCAAGUCAAGGAUGCUCAUCCAACUGCGCCAGUCCUGCCUUUCAAGAACUGGCCUUUGGUGCCGUUCAAUGAUCUUGCUCGUCUCCUGCUUAGAGUUCAUACCAAACUCUCUGACACGCAAGACUCUCCAAUGCCCGUGGUUCCAGAUUCACAGCCUACUGCUCGAUGCAGUGACCAAGCCGUCAAGGCACCGAUACACACUCAGCAUGCAUCCCAUUCCUCCCCCGAUAACAUUGACAGCCCUGCACCAGUUCCAUCCUCCCCAAACCCAAUAUUGCUGGAUGCUCCCCUCUCAUCAACCGCUGAUCCUGGGAUGAAGAUGAUUCCCUGCCAAAUAACCUCUGAAACUUCCAGUUCCUCCGGGGAAAUUGGUGGGGAGUGUCUGAUGACUGGUUCCAAGCGCACUCGUGGUUCUAGCUCCGACAGCAAGGAAGAGCCAACGUCGAAGCGAAGAUGUCUGGAUGCUGGAGCUGUUUCCCUCAAAACUGGAAUAAAGCGUCUGGAGCCAAUAAUAAAUCCAUCUGGAGAGCACAUAAGCGAACUAACCAUCGGUACCUUGAAUUCUCUUCAAUGA